AUGUCUAUCUCCAAGUCAGGGAGGUGUACCUUUUGCGGUGAGAAUCUGACCAACACGCCCAUACCGAUCUCCGCUGAGUCCAGUGCUUCAUGGGAAGAAGACCAAGGAACGUUUACAAAGCUCAAGCCUUUGCACUGGCGUUUUCUAACAAACAAAUGCCCACGUACCAAAUUCAUGUGCACGGCUUGCGCAGAGAAACGUCAAGUGCCACAGCAAGCUGAGACCACCAAUCCGUUAUGGCCUCAUGAUGUAAGCAAUUUGGAUAGAGUACCAAAUGUACACAAGCCUCACCAGUGGGAAGAGAGGGAAUCCAAAUACCCCAAACUGUCCACUCAACAGAUGAGAUUGCAGCAUCUGGCGCUGGAUAAGGCGCGUCAAGAGCUACCAAGUCAAAACAUACCGCGAGUAAAUCGAAUGAAGCUUCGUGAGCAACAACCUGAACAUGACGAUGACCAGAGAAACAUGCGUAUACAACCUGAUCGUCGUGGUAACCAGAAAGACAUGGGCAAACAGCCAACAAGCGACGGUAGAAAGCACAGAUCGUCACAAACCUUAGUACCUCAGCAAGAACCUGCUCGUCGAUGCAGUUUAAAACAACCAUAUGCAAAGUAUUGUGCAUCUAGAGAGUCGGUGAUGCAAAACUAUCCAUCCAAGUCGAUUGAAAAUGAGACUCGCACUUCCGCUACGAAGCAUCGGACUUCCGUCGAAACUCCUACUCGUCCAAGAAAGUCGAACAGUGGACAACUCGAGCCGUGCGAAUUGGAAAAGAAGGGUCAUCGACUAAGCUCAACCGCUGAUAUCCUCGGGAUGUCUCGGUUACUUGAAUUGCCACCCAAUUAUUUUGGAAUGAGCUCGACGUCGCCAGAGUUUUGUGCAAUGAGAUCACCCGAAGAAGACGAAGAAGACGCACUAGAUUGUAGACGGAUGAAGCCAAGCCGACCUCCGGAACCAAGACAAAACAGAAGUAGAGCGACAGCGACAGUGCCCCCAGAGGAGCACCGGAAGCAAGACGAAACCGAAGAAGAGCGGAAGAGGCGACGAAGCGCUUCGUAUGCCCGCAUGCUCUUGCGGAUGCGACGUCACUAUGAUGAAGUGCAGAUGAAUGGAAGCCAAUCGCAUCCUGCUACAGCUCCACCACGACGGAUUCGUCCAAAGCAACGAUCUAAGUCGGCCGCAGUCCGUAACGUCAAGGAUGAACCCGCUAGCGUUACCAUCGAUCUUGACUACUUGCGUGCUUAUAAGGAUGCUCGAUAG